AUUUACGAAAUGGGCGAACAAAUUGAAACACGAUUAGUGCGUGCUCUCGAAAAUAAUUAUUUUGUAGUGAAUAAUAACCACAUACAAAUAAUUUGAAGUAACCGAAUAAUGAUGGAGGACGGAGAAAAUGAAGAGUUUUUAGAGAAUGUUGAUAUUAACGAUGACGUGGUAACUUUAAGAGAUCUAUUUGAAAGGCGAAAAAUAUUGUUGCGAAAAAAGAAGGAAAUAUUGAAUAAACAAUAUUAUGCAAAUAAACUUGCUGCAGAAAAUCAGCAACAAGAACUAGUUUCCGUUCCUUUGUCAGGGGAAUUAGAGCAAGAACCUCCGAACCAAAAUUUGACAUCCGAAUUGACUACGCUUACAACUAUAUUGGAUACUACUUCAACACAGAAUAGAGAUGAGAAUAUUACUUCUAUUGAUGUAAACAUUAAUAUAGUGGAGCCUAAUAAAAAUGACCUUGAAUUUUCGUCCGAUGAUUCAGUCACUGAUCCUUCAUUUGUCGCCCUCUCAGACAUAACAAAUUUAAAGCCACUAUCACCAGCAAAUACGGAGUGGUUUCAAAGUGGUGGAAAUAGAAAAUACGGCGAAGAAAAAUGGAAGAAUGCGAAAAGGGAAUCCUAAUAACUGGAAAAGAAUAAUAAAUAAGCGGCAAAGGAUGAUGGGCGAGGAAUACAUUGGAUUUAAAAAAGAUGGCACUAAAUUCGUUCAAAAUGAUCCUAAACCCGCCAGAAUAAUGGGUCUAAUAUGUAUGUCGAAGAGAUGUUUCAGUGGUAAAGCUAUGUAUUGCCCAAAGCUAACAGAAGAAGUGCGGUCAGAAAUUUUUAAAACCUAUUGGAAAAUGAGUUGGCAUGAAAAGAAAAUGUAUAUAGCUUCAAUGGUGGAUAAGACACCUACAACUAGAAAAACUAAGAACUCAAAUUCAAGGCGCAGUGACACCAAAGUUUACUAUUUAAAAGUAAACGAUAAAAAGAAAAGAGUUUGCUUAAAAACAUUUUUGGAAACAUUGGGAAUAAAAGAAUGGACAGUUCGAUAUUGGCUAGGAGAGAAGACGACUAUCGACAAUGAAUCUGAACCAAGUGCUGUAGUAGCCACAG